AUGAGUUUGAAGGCGGUUGCGGCCACGGCUAUUGCCCUGCUAUUAUAUAGUAUUGCACUCGUCAUCUACCGCUUGUACUUCCAUCCAUUGGCGAAAUAUCCGGGUCCUCGUCUGGCAGCCAUAACCCAUUGGUAUGCAGCCUUCUACGCAUGGCGUGGAGACCUGCAUAUCAAUAGCCGCAAGUGGCACGAUCGCUAUGGUGAUAUUGUCCGUUUUGCUCCAAAUGCUCUUACUUUCAACACCGACACCGGAAUGGACGCAAUCUACGGUGUCCGGGCAAAUGUCGUGAAAUCAGAAGGCUACAGCUCACUGAGCGCUAGCAGACAGACCCCUAAUACCCUUACAGCGACUGACAAGAUGACCCACGGGUUCAAGCGUCGUAUUUUGGCCCAGGUCUUCUCUACCGAAGGAAUCAAAGCGAUUGAAGAGCGUUUACUGGUAAACAUUCGCGAUUUUGUGAACUUACUCGGGGCUGAAGGAGAUGAGUUUGGGGUUGUUAAGCCUGGGAUCGACCCCAAACGCACGGAAGGCUGGACGAGCACCAAACAUUUGGCCCCUAUGUGCGACUGGGUGACCUUUGAUGUUAUCAGCGAUCUCUGCUACGGAAAGGAUUUUGAUAUGCUGCACUCAUCUGAUAUGCGAUGGUUUCCCUCAGUGGUGUUGAAGAUUACGCAGCGUAGUAUGACGACACUUGUCCAGUCGAAGUUUUGCAAUCUGAAGAUUGACCGACUAUUCAUGUCUUCUAAAUUCAAAGACAUCGUUAAUGCCGGCGAUCGGAUUGGUGAACGUUCCAAGGCCCGCAUACGCCUCGGAAAUGACAUCGAAAAGAAGGAUUUGUUCUAUCAUAUGAUGAAUACUGCCGAUCCUAAAACCGGACUGCACUUCACUUCCAAAGACCUUUGGGUGGAGUCAAUGCUCCUGAUGACUGCUGGCGCGGAUACCACUGCUACCGCUAUGAGUGGUACAUUUUUCCACCUCGUCCACAAACCCAAUCUCCUAGCCCGCCUAGUGCACGAACUUCGGACUACCUUCAACGAUGAAGAAGAAAUCCACAUGGGACCCAAGCUUGACUGUUGCAAGCUUCUCCAAGCAUGCAUUAACGAGACAAUGCGCCUCGCUCCUUCCGUUGCCACCACUAUCCCACGUACCGUACUGGAAGGGGGUCUCAUGGUUGACCAGGAGUUCAUUCCCGCCGGAACCAUGGUCGGGACAACUACUUAUGCUGUCCACCGAAACCCUAACUAUUUCAAAUCCCCGGACGAGUACUUCCCAGACAGAUGGAUUGUGAAUGCGGAAACGGGAGUAGAUGAAGAAAGCAUCAAGAUUGCUAAGCAGGCCUUUGUGCCUUUCAGCUCUGGCGCUCGGUCCUGCGUUGGGUGGAAGCUUGCAUGGGCUGAGUUGAAUGUGACCAUUGCCCGAACGCUGUUUCGAUAUGACAUGCGCUUGGCGUCUGAUGCUCGUUGCUGUGGUGGGAAACGCCAUGAUUGUGAUUUCAAAUUGAAGGGCUGGGUAACUUCAGCAGUGGAGGGACCUUGGGUUCAGUUCCGAUCUCGCUUCUGA